GCUGUGGCGAGAACCUGACCGUAUCGCUCUAAGUCCCUGCUGGACUCGGACUCUGCUGCCAUGUCUGGGAUUCUGCCUUCAAUCGAGAACUUUGCAAAAGCGACUGCCGCGACCGCCGCGGGACUAGGGACUGUCGGCGUCGGCCUGCUCUUCUUUGGUCAAAACUACCUCAUUUAUCCGUCCGCAUUUCCCCCGGGCUCUCGCACAGAGGUUCCGACACCUAUCGACUUUGGUCUCGAAUACGAAGCCCCGGAGCUGAUAACAUCGGACGAAGUGAGGCUGCGAUGCUACCUUCUUGCACAGAAGAAGGACCUGAGCAACCUUGGCGGGACUGCGGUGGAUCUGCCCGAGCAGUCGGACGAAGAGUAUGCAGCAAGCCAACCUAUAGUGAUGAUGUUCCACGGAAACGGGGGCAACAUCGGACAUCGGAUACCCCUUGCCAAGGUGUUCUACAUGAAAAUGCGAUGCAAUGUCUUCAUGCUGUCUUACCGAGGGUACGGCCACUCGGAAGGCGCGCCGUCAGAGAAAGGUCUGCAGACGGACGCGCAGUGUGCGCUUGACUUCAUCCGUGCACACCCCUUCCUCUCCAAGUCGCCUAUCAUUUUAUACGGUCAGUCCAUAGGCGGUGCCGUAGCCAUCGAUCUCGCGAGCCGAAAUGCCCACGCAAUCCGCGCACUCAUCCUCGAGAAUACCUUCACCUCCCUCCCGCGCCUCGUGCCGAGCGCAUUCCCGUUCCUCGGCCCGUUCGCCUUCCUCUGCCACCAGAAGUGGGACUCCGCGUCGAAGGUCCCGCUCAUCCCGCGCGGCAUCCCGAUCCUCAUGCUCAGCGGCGCGCACGACGAGGUCGUCCCGCGUGAGCACAUGCUGGACCUCUGGGAGAUCGUGCAGAAGCGCACGCACGCGGACAAGGGCGCGGAAACCGGGACGGUGCAGAACGGGAGGCGUGUGCAUUCAAAGUUUGUGGAGUUUGAGAAGGGGACCCAUAAUGAUACGUGUGUGCAGCAGGGGUACUGGACAAGUAUCGCUGAAUUUGUCCAGGCUCUGCAAUGAUACAAGUUAGUGGAGCCCUAUCCCGUGCUGCUUUCGGGAAUGUUUGCCACUGUCGUGUUACUCUAACGUCCUCGCUGAGGCAAUACCUCACCUACAUAUAUACACUCUCACUGCCGUCUAUUUCGGAUUCCCCUUCACAUGUAACAGUACCGUUCUCUCUUUGUGUGGUGUGCCAGGUAGCCGCGUGACAUUGUCAAUAUUAGAGUGCCUGGCUGUCAGGUCGUUUUGAUUUU